UGCCGUAAUUCCAGGAGUCCGCAGAGUCUCCGCUGACUCCGCUGCUGGAGGUGGUUGAUCGGGAUCAUGGAGCUGCUCUUUCUGUCAGUCUGUCUUCGCCUCUAACCCUCCAGCUGCACACGCGGAGCUCCACCAUGGUGCCCGCGGAAAACGACUCCUUCGCUGUGGCUGACCUCUCCGAGUUCAACCGGUCGUCUCAGCUGCCAACGGACAGCGGACCCGGGCCGGAGGCGGUGAUCGUGCCCGUGGUGUUUGGGCUCAUUUUCGUGGUGGGGGUGGUGGGGAACACUCUUGUGAUGGUCGUGAUAGGGAAGGUGGGGUACACCGCGGGUGGAGGAGGCGGCGGGGGAGCAGUGGGGAAGCGCUCCCUCAGCCCGACCAACAUCUUCAUCCUGAACCUGAGCGUGGCGGACCUCAGCUUCCUGCUCUUCUGCGUGCCCUUCCACGCCACCAUUUACUCCUUGCCGGAGUGGGUGUUCGGGGCCUUUCUCUGUAAGUUCGGACACUACUUCUCUACCGUCAGCAUGCUCGUCAGCAUAUUCACGCUCGUGGCAAUGUCCGUGGACCGCUACAUUGCCGUGGUGCGCUCCAACCAGUCCGCGAGCGUCCGGAGCCCAAGGAACGCACUGGCAGGGCUGUCCGUCAUCUGGACAAUGUCUCUGCUGUGCUCGGUGCCGGUGGCCAAGCACCAGAUUCUCACCAGCCACCCGGCCGCCCCUAACAGUACCUUCUGCUGGGAGAACUGGACCGGAGCCUCCAAACACGCCUACAAGGUGACCAUCCUGGUGAUGGGGUACCUGCUACCACUGCUUCUCAUCAGCUGCUGUUACGCUAAGGUUUUAUUUCAUCUCCAUAAAAAGAUGAAGAACAUGUCCAAGAAGUCUGAGCGCUCCAAGAGAAAGACGGCUCAGACGGUCCUCCUGGUCAUCACCGCCUUCACCAUCUGCUGGAUGCCCCACCACAUCAUCGCCAUGUGGGUGGAGUUCGGCACUUUCCCCCUGAAUGAUGCCUCCCUCGCUUUCCGCAUCGUGUCCCACUGCCUGUCCUACGGAAACUCCUGCGUUAACCCCAUCCUCUACGCCUUCCUGUCCGAGAACUUCCGCAAGGCCUGCCGCCAGGUCUUUACCUGCUACUUCCUGUACCCGCCGCCACCCCCGGAAAAAGUGGUUCGUUUUCGCAUGGAGAACUUCUCCUCCACGCACUCCACCACCAACAUAUGAAGAUUAAAGGCACAGGGGGCUGUUCCACAGGCGGGAACGCUGUGGCCCAAUGGAUGAGCGGGAGGCAGGUCACAUGACAGCAGGACAGCAUGUGAUUGGAAGGUUUAUUCACACAAAAAAAGACUGGUCAGAAAACUGCAGCACGUGGACUGCUUAAAGUUUCAUUUUUAAGUUUGAAGGGACAGCAAGCAGGUUCUGGUUCAGGUUUGCAUGAAAGCUGAUCUGAGAACAGGUUUCUGGAUAAUUACUCCACAUUAGCAACAUACCACCAGUCGUUUGACUUAUUUAGACUGUAUUUGAUCGUCUGUAUGAUGCUGAUAGUGUGUGUGUCACAGGUGUGUAAAUAAAAUA